GUCGGGCCCCUGUCGGAGAGAACAACAUCUGGAGGCGGCCACCACAGGCACCAUGUCGGCUGGGCAGGCGGCCACCACGGGCGCCGCCGCGCGGCCGGUGCUCCAGCUACCGACGGCGGUCAUCCAGCUCGGGUGCGCCUCGAGCGCCUGCUGCAUCGCCGACGGCCUCUGCCUGCCUCUCGACUUCCUCAAGACGCGGAUGCAGCUGCAGAACGAGCUCGUCGCUUCGGGAGCGCCACGGCUGGGCGUGUUCUCGAUGGCAGCGCGUGUGCUGCGCACCGAGGGCGUUCUCACCUUUUUCGACGGCCUUCCGGCUGCGAUGAUGCGGCAGGCGAGCUACGGCGGCCUCUGCUUUGCAUCGUACCCGGCGCUGCGCGACAAGCUCAACCCUCACAGCGACGGGAAGCACGCACCGCUGGCGUCCAAGCUGGCGGCGGGCGCGCUGGCGGGGGGCACAGCGAGCGCGCUCGCCAACCCGACGGACGUGGUCAAAGUUCGGAUCCAGGCGGACGGGCGGCUGCGCCUGCUUGGCGAGCCUGCGCGGUACAGCGGCACGGCGCAGGCGUUCCGCGCCAUCCUCGCGCAGGAGGGGCUCGCCGCCUUUUGGAAGGGGGUCGGCCCGAACAUGCAGCGCGCGGCGGUCGUCAACGGCGCCGGGAUCGCGACCUACGACCAGUGCAAGCAGACCGUCACGCGGCUGAUGGGCGAGGACGACUCGCUCCGCGCUCGGUGCCUGGCGGCGCUGAUGGGCGGCGUCGUCACCGCCCUGGUCGGCUGCCCGUUCGAUGUCGUCAAGACCCGGCUGAUGAACCAGCACGAGGGCAAGCGGCUGUACCGCUCCGUCUCGGACUGCUUCGUCUCCAUCGUGCGGGUGGAGGGGGUGCUCGCCCUCUGGAAGGGGCUCCUCCCCGUGUACUUGCGGCAGGCGCCCUUCAACCUCCUCAACUACCUCGUCCUCGAGCAGCUCACGCAAACCUUCCUCGGACGCACCCUCAUGUGAGGCGCGGCAAGGCCGCUUGCUCGAGGCCUCUUGCCAGACCGCACGCGCAGAGCUCGGCCAGCGCGCUUGGCGCACCCGGUGCGCCCCUCGCUACGAGGCAUAAGAUAUUCGCCGCUGUGGCUGCCAAAUUAGAUCUCUUCUCCGCGCAUCUUGCAUCUUGGACUCAAAUUGCAGAGCAUGCUGUUCAAGAGAGAGAGAUCGCUAUCAAUACCAAACAAAUGUGUUCUCAAUGUACAAUGUUAGUAGAAUGACAAUGAGUCAAA